UAAAACUCAAAUGUAAAAAUUUCAUGCGACUCAAAUAUAUGAACCCAAAUGAAGAACAAUAGAAAUUUUACAACCUGCUGGGACACGACUCAGAAAAUUUAACGAAAAUCCCAAGGGCUUUAUUUACACUUAUACUUAAGUCAUAAAUACUUUUCUAGUUAAAUUUAAAAUAACUUUGUAGAAAUAUAAGUCUUGAGUUCAGACGUUCAAGUGGACAGUAUAUAUAAAAUAUAAUAUUCAAAAUUCAUUACCUGCAAAGAAGGAUCGGACAAUUGGGAAAAAAUUUUCAAGGUUUUAACUCGGACCCUUGUACCUCAAAUUUUACCUACGUCUCAAGUACACCGAGGAUUAAAUAGCCGCUUGUCAUUGGUCAGAAAAAUUUACUUACCUUUAUUUUAUCCCCAAGUUUUUGUCACCUAGUGGGGGUGGUAGCUUCUAGGCUUCUUCACUUCCUCACUCAAUUAUCAUUUCUCGUCGAGUGUUCAAGCUUUCAACACGUAUUGAUCUCUUCGCCAGACUAGUAGUUCAUUUUUCUUGAGUGAAAUUACACCUACACGGACUAUUUGCUCAAUUUAUUUUCGAUUAUUGAGUUUUUAAUAUAUAUUGUGCUAAUUGUGAUUUAUCAUCAAUAUUGUGAAUUUUUUUUUGUGCUUCAAGACUUUAAUAAAAUAAAUUAAACAUCAUGACUGAUUCAACAAGUUGGAUUAAAAGGAAUAUGCUUGAUUCUCCUGAUGUGAAGAGUAAAGCAAACAGGCGAAUACUAACUGAGGCUGAAGUAAGAGUGCAGAAAUCUUUAGAAAAGUUGUCUAUACCCGAGUGGUAUUUGAAUAAUUCCUCGAAGCCGCCAAAAAUAUUGACGAGAAAUUGUCCGAUCGAUUUGCGUCCACCUACUUGGCGUUCUCCUGAUUACAAGAACAAGACUUCCAACACAUCACCGAUGGUUUAUCGAACAUUUAAUGCCUCUCAGAAUGGACGUUUAAAGAUGAAUUCGUCUUAUCCUAAUCCAAAAGCGACUCCAGUGGAAAAAGAAGACAAAAACCAAACCGUCGGAGUAUUAUUGGAAACAUCAUUAGACCGUCCUACAAAUAUAUCACCAAAUAUAUCACCACCAAAACCAGUCACCCGGAAAGCAAAAUUAAAUAUUAGUAGAACGUUUCCAAAAAUAUCCCCGUCCCGGAAGAUAGAAAACAUCAACAUCGUCUUUCCGCCGAAAAAAUUGGAUCUGGACAAAAAGCUAGACGACUCGUCACUUUUAGACACUUCUGAUGUGCUAAAUAAUUCAAGUGUCCGCGUCACGAACCUCGAUAAUUGCGGCCAGCUCUACAAAACUGUGAUGAUUGAUGAGGUGUCAUUAAAUUCUACGACAUAUGAUAAUGACUUAUCGUACAGCUACAUUGAUAACAGUCAAUUUUCAAAUAAUUUUUCAAAGUAUUUACAUCUCUGUCCAAAUGAUUCCAAAUCACAGAGUUUACUGAUGCCGAUUGAAGAAUCCAAUGAAUCAAUUUCACCCCGUGUCACUCCCUCGCCAACUCUCAAUGAAACGUUUGUGAUAAGUGACAAAAAAUCACCAGCUUUAGAAAAUAUUGUAAAACCUAAACGUCGUAACAAACUCGUCCAAGAAAUCAUCGAAGCUUUGAAGAAAAAGACUUUCAACAGCGAGGCUGAACAUAAUGCUGAUAAAUCAAGAGAAAAACGCGAGUCCGUUAAUUAUUCGGCAAAUGAAGAAAAAUCACCCGUCCCUGUUAAGUCUUAUGAAGAAAAGUGUAAUCCAGUGAAUUCGAUGUCACCAUCUGCGGAAGCAUUGAGGCAAAAAACAAUCAAUGAGAAGAAACAAGAGUAUUACAUGAAAUUAGCUUAUUUGGAGAAUUUGAAGAAAAUGUAUGGAGUUACAUCAACGGGAAAAGUUGAUAAUUCUGUAAAAAAAGUACAGAGCAAUAUUCAUGAUCGUAUUCUACCACCCGGUACUAGUUACCUUUGCCCAGAUACCACCAAGAAGCUGAGAGCAAUGAGAGCCAGACAAAAUAUCUUAAAUGCAAAUGCUCAUCUACGUCAGAAUAUUCAUCCCAAAGAAGAUGACAGCAAUAAUUCAGGCCUACUUCAAGAUAUUAUUGAAGAGUUUCGCAAAAAAUGCGAAAUCACCCAGAAACAAAAAAUAACUCCAGGCUCAAGGAAUUUCGUCAAGAAAUUAGUUGACGUUUUAGAACAGAGUGUCGAUCAUAGUUACGACGGAUCAUUCAUUUCUUCAGUCUACCACGAGGAAGACACCAACAACAAUCAUGACGAUUACCAGUUGAGCGAUCAUGAAAGUGAGAUGUAUCAUACAAACUCAACUUCUAUUUCACUUAAAAAUUCCGAUAGUGAUGUUUAUGCUUCUUCAACAUCGCCUGACAUGAAUUGGAGUAUGCAGGCCAACACUGGCGCGCAUCCCGUCGAAGAUGAGGAAGAAGUAUACUGGAUCCCGUUGCCAAAGAAACCCCCAACAAGGAUCAACUCUAGAAACAGCAUUUCCCCUGAAAGAUGCUCGAGCAGACCCAGUAAAACAAAAUCUCCAGUCACUCCUUCACCCUGCUUGAGUCCCAUCCGGGGUGAAUACAAACAGGGAUUUUAUAAUUAUGACUCUCAACGACAUAUUUGGACAUCGACUCAGAAAAAUAAGCGGCCCAAAAAAAAAUCACCUGCUUAAAUUAACUGAUAAAUUUUAUUUAAUUAUUAGCAAUAGUUAUGUAAAUAAUUUAU